AUUUAUAAUUCAGUAUGGACAAAUAUCAUUUCAUUUAAAAAGUGUAUUGUUUGAUUGAACACUAAAUGAUGAGUGUAUAUUUUAUUUUCUUGGUAUUUGUUAUUGCUUGAUAACAUGUAUACUUUAAAAGGAGUAUUUCCGGAACCGAAAAAGGAACAAAAAAGGAAUUUCAUAAAAGAAAAUAUGAAACAACUAAAGUUAAUUCAGAAUAAAUCACCUAAAGAGCCUAAAUUAACUUUAAAAUCUGCCCAACCAUCACGUCUCACCACUCCAAUAACUGCAAAUGCUCUCGGACAAGUCAAAUCGUCACCAUCAAGCAAAAGCGGUAAGGGUACAUUAAAUGUCGGUAAAUCGAGCUUAUCGAAUAGGAAGAAAUUCAGUGAUGUUCGAAUAAAGAAGGGUGAUAUGGCCGAGUUUCUACGAAGGAAAGAGAUGAUACUGACGAAGCAACCCGAAGAAUCAUCAGGCGAUGAAGUCCAAUCUUCAGAAUCAUCAAGUCGAUUACGAGAUAUUGGUUGCCAAACUAUAGAGUCAAAUUUAGCUCAGCGAUUAAAUGAGAGCACUAAGCUAACUAUGUUAUAUCCAAUGAAGGAAAGUGAUGACAAUGAAGCCAAGAUGAAAGCCAGUGGAGAUUCAAGGAGUCAGAGAAGUCCACCUCGUGCACUUUCACCUCGUCGGGCCGGUGAUGAUAUGAUGGAGGAAAAGCACCGGAGUCGUCUGAAUGCAAUUUUAGAUAGAAAGGAUAAAGAUCCAUAUUUACCUCCAGGUUACCAAAAGGGUGUGUUGCCAAAGUAUCUCCGUGAUAGAAAGGAUAGCACUAAAGAAGUUGAGGAUACAAAAGCUGAUGAUGAUAAUACAAUGUGUCCUCCUGGCCAUGUGACCCUCCCCGACAAUGAAAGGAAAGAAACAUUACGCAUGCUUCGAAAUAGUUUUGCAGAGUUAGUAAGUGAAUUAAACAAAAUGCCAGUAAAAACUGACACAUUAAGAAUGCGAAAUAGAAAAAUGGAACUCGAGAAGCAACUAGCUAAACUGGAAGAGGGCAUCAAAGUUUUCUCCCGACCAAAAGUGUUUGUUAAGAUAGGAGAGUAAAUUGAUAAACCAAAUAAUUGACAUAUUUAAAUAAUUUUAAAUUACUUGUAAGACAUUAAAUAUAUUUUGUAUCUUUAAUACUUUCUAGCUUUCGAACUGGAAAGAAAUUAACAAUUUUUUUUAUAUGAACAACCAUUUUUAAUCCGUCCAUAUAAAUUUGAAAGUUACCAAAAAUAAAAUGUGAAAUUGUUGUGAUAACUUAACUUUAAUUUAGAUUAAUUGUAUGAUUCUUGUAAUUAUAUAUUUGUAUGGUUUACAGUGAUUCUAUCUUUUGGAAAUUUAAAUAUAUGCCUAUAUUAUAUAUAAUCAUUUCAUUUUUUAAAACAAAUUAACAGCUGUAGAACAAUAUUACCAAUCCUACAGAUUUGUGUUUGUAAAAUUGAAGAUAAAUAUUUUUAAAUAAUGAACAUGUUUAAAAAAAACAUUUGAACUCAAAUCAAGACGAGUUUACCGCCAAACCAUAUGCUUAAAUUUUUUGCGAUUCUUAUUGUGUUCUUUAUCAUAUAGUCAAUGAUAUAUUUCACAAUUUGCUUUUAUUGACACUAAUCAAGUAAUAAUUAUUUAAACAACAUUUUAU